CUCAGUUGUGAGAACGGGUCGUGUUGAUUUCAGAUGCCAUCAUGGCGCACACUUCCCCAGUCAAAGAGCACCCGUACAGCCAUCUAAUCGACACACUGAAAGAUGGCCAGAUCAAGUUCUUCAAUCCGUACAAAUUAAACGAUCCAAGAUAUGACAAGCUGCCUCUAUCCAUCCGCGUCUUACUGGAGGCAGCAAUUCGUAACUGUGAUGGGUUUUACACAAAAGAAGACGACGUCCAGAACAUUUUGCACUGGCAGCAGCAGCAGAAUAAAGCCGAGGUGCCGUUUUCUCCCGCUCGGGUCCUUCUGCAGGACUUCACUGGUAUUCCUGCGAUGGUGGACCUGGCAGCCAUGAGGGAUGCUGUGGCCAAACAUGGUGUGGAUCCCAGCCUAGUCAAUCCUAAAUGCCCGACAGACCUCAUAGUAGACCACUCAUUACAGAUUGAUUAUAGCAAAUGUGCCAUACAAAAUGCUCCCAAUCCUGGUGGAGGGGACAGUCCAAGCCAGGGCCCCUCUCGCUCAGCACACUCUAGGCCUCCGUCCAGAGGGGGCUCACAGUGCGGAGGCCAGCGGGGCUCCUGCAGUAAAGUGGCCUGCAGCGACCCUCCGGGCUCCCCGGGCCAACCUCCAGCCUCUGUCCAGCAGAUUGAGAACACACCUCUCCUCUGCCCUUUCCACCUGCAGCCCGUCUCUGAAGUUGAAACAACUUUGAAAAAUCAGGAAAUGGAACUGAUCAGAAACAAAGAGAGGCUUCAGUUCUUUAAAUGGUGUUCAAAAGCAUUUAAGAAUGUGAAUGUGGUUCCUCCGGACGUUGGCGCAGUCCACCAGGUGAACUUGGAGUAUCUGUCCAGAGUGGUGCAGGUCAGCGAUGGUUUCAUCUACCCUGACAGCGUGGUGGGAACUGACUCUCACACCACCAUGAUCAAUGGCUUGGGCAUCCUUGGCUGGGGUGUCGGGGGAAUUGAGUCCGAAGCCAUAAUGCUGGGCCAACCAGUGUCUCUAACCCUCCCUCAAGUGGUGGGCUGUAAACUGGUGGGCUCCAUUAACCCAAUGACCACAUCCAUAGACGUCGUCCUUGGCAUCACAAAGCACUUACGGCAAGCUGGGAUCGCUGGGAAGUUUGUUGAGUUUUUUGGACCUGGUGUCUCCCAGCUGUCAGCCCCUGACCGAACCACCAUUGCCAACAUGUGCCCAGAAUACAACGCUACUGUCAGCUUCUUCCCUGUUGACCAAGUCACACUCAAGCACUUUAAAAAGACGAAUUUUACCCGGGAAAAACUUGAAUUGUUGGAGUCUUACAUGAAGGCUGUAAAACUUUUCCGAAGCUAUGAAGACCCCUCGGAAGACCCCCAGUACUCUGAGGUGAUUGAGAUCAACCUGAGCUCCAUUGUGCCCUACGUGAGUGGACCGAAGAGGCCACAGGACAGAGUGGCAGUCAGCUGCAUGAAAGAAGACUUCCAGAGCUGUCUUGAUGAGAAGGUGGGUUUUAAAGGCUUCCACAUUUCUAAGGAAAAGCAGGAGACCCGUGUUCCUUUCUUGCACUGCGGUCAGGAAUACCAGCUGGGUCACGGCUCAGUGGUCAUCGCUGCUGUCAUCAGCUGCACUAACAACUGCAACCCAUCUGUUAUGCUGACUGCAGGGCUUCUGGCCAGAAAGGCUGUAGAGGCCGGGCUUGUUGUCAAGCCUUAUAUUCGGACCAGCCUGGCUCCUGGAAGCGGCAUGGUCACGCACUACCUCAAUGCCAGUGGAGUCUUGCCUUACUUCAAUCAGCUGGGGUUUGAGGUGAUUGGUUAUGGUUGUGCCACAUGUGUGGGGAACACGGCGCCAUUACCAGAAGCUGUUGUGGAUGCAAUCAAACAGGGGGAUCUGGUGGCCUGCGGUGUGCUAUCCGGCAACAGGCACUUUGAAGGUCGCCUGUGCGACUGUGUGCGUGCCAAUUACUUGGCUUCCCCUCCCUUGGUGGUGGCUUAUGCAAUUGCAGGCACUGUAGGACUCGACUUUGAGAAGGAGCCUUUAGGUUUGACAUCAGAGGGGAACGAGGUGUACCUACGAGAUAUCUGGCCGUCCAGAGAGGAGGUCCAACAGAUCGAAGAGGACAUGGUCAUCUCCUCCAUCUUUAAGGAUCUAAGGGGAAGGAUGGAGAAAGGGAACACAUUUUGGAACAACAUUGAAUGUCCAGACUCUGUACUUUUCCCCUGGGAUCACAAGUCCACUUAUAUCCGAUCACCAUCUUUCUUUAGCAAAUUGAGUAAAGAGGUGCCUCCUCCUCAGUCAAUAGAAAACGCACAUGCCUUACUCUUCCUUGGGGACAAAGUGACCACGGACCACAUCUCACCAGCAGGCAGCAUUGCAAGAGUCAGCGCUGCUGCCAAGUACCUAAUGAGCAAACGACUGACACCGCGGGAAUUUAAUUCAUAUGGCGCUCGCAGAGGGAACGACGCCGUGAUGACCAGAGGCACGUUUGCCAGCAUCAAGCUCCAAAAUCGAUUCAUCGGCAAACCAGGCCCGAAGACUUUGCACAUUCCGUCAGGCCAGACACUGGAUGUCUUUGAGGCAGCUGAUCGCUAUCAGAGAGACUCCAUUCCCCUCAUCAUCCUGGCAGGCAAAGACUACGGCUCUGGAAACUCCAGGGACUGGGUCGCCAAAGGACCGUACUUGCUGGGGGUGCGUGCGGUCAUCGCUGAAAGCUUUGAGAAGCUGCACAAGAACCAGCUGGUGGGAAUGGGCAUCAUGCCGCUCCAGUUCCUGUCAGGCCAGAACGCUGACUCACUGGAGCUCAGCGGGAAGGAAAGGUUCAGCAUCACCCUGCCGGAGAGCCUGAGUCCGAUGCAGCAGCUCACUGUCAAGACCAGUCAAGGAAAGUCCUUCUGUGUCACCGCACUGUUUGACACUGACAUGGACGUUAUCUUGUUCCAGCACGGAGGGCUUCUCAGAUAUGUUGCCCGGACUUUGCUCUGAAACGGCCUGCAGCCCUGCUUCAAGCGCAAGAACAGCAGCCCCUCUGCCAUUUAACAUCUUCAUCGUGGAGGAAAGCGACGUCAAUGCUGAUGUUUUGUCUUAGGAGCUGAAUUAGUGUCUCCAGACUUUGAAACUUUAGUGGAAUGUCCGUUCUAAGACCUGCGGCUUCUGAAUCACUACACACGGCUGUCUCAGCAUUUAAAAGGGCACCGUUUCUCCUCACAAGAUCAUCGAGACUCAAGAAGAAGUGGUGACGUUCACUCAGUAAGGAUCCUAAACAACAGCUGAACAUAGUUUUUGGUGUUUUAUCAUACUGGAAGGACUUUUCUUUCAUCUUGGAGUUGAGUCUAGAAGAAUUCAUCCUGCUUCAUUCAACUGAAAAAAAGAAAAGAAUUUGGCCUAGAAAGGCUAAGAUGGUGCUAGGUACGAUGGCAUGAAUACUUUGUUUUUAGGGUGCAGUAAAGCUUCUCCCCCCCCAACGUCUAAGUUUAAAUAUUGUUAAUUUCAGAAAUUUGCAGAAUUGAUGUCACCUCCCCAUAUUUUACAUCAGGGCCAAACAAUCUUAUGUAAAUUAAAGUGCUGUUAAUAUUUCACUAAUCAAACCUGUUGCAGAAAGUACACUUUCCUCCUAAUACAGUCACUUUUAAUUGUG